UUCUGCGCAGGCUCCGGCUCCGCCGCCUCGCGCCGCCGGGGCCGGAGGCUGGGACCUGGCGCUGCCAUGGAAGACGCUGCGACCCCCCGGCCGACUCCGGGGGUCACGGAAAACCGAGGCGUUCAGUCGGCGGCAGGUCGGGGAGGAGCCCUGGUGGAGCUCAGCCCGACCCCCGGCGGCCUGGCCCUGGUGAGCCCUUACCACACCCACCGGGCCGGGGACCCCUUAGACCUCGUGGCGCUCGCGGAGCAGGUGCAGAAGGCUGAUGAAUUUGUCCGAGCAAAUGCCACCAACAAGCUGACAGUCAUAGCUGAGCAAAUAGAACAUUUGCAAGAACAAGCCAGGAAGGUGUUGGAGGAUGCCCGCAGAGACGCUGACCUGCACCAUGUAGCUUGUAAUAUAGUGAAGAAACCUGGCAACAUUUACUAUCUUUAUAAACGGGAGAGUGGUCAGAAGUAUUUUUCCAUUAUUUCUCCAAAGGAGUGGGGGACGAGUCGUCCUCACGACUUCCUGGGUGCCUACAAGCUACAGCAUGACUUGUCCUGGACUCCGUAUGAGGACAUCGAGAAGCAAGAUGCUAAAAUCAGCAUCGUGAACAAGUUGCUAAGCCAGCCCGCGGCUCUGCCUCCAAGCACAGAACCCAGCUUUCAGGGGUUCACCUCCACCGAGAGUGGACCCUGACCAGCUCUGUCCUGGCAAGGACCUGUCACCUCCUUGUUGCCCCGAUCUCUGCCUUGACGUGGGGGUGGCGUGAGAAUCACGGGCAUGUGGGUGACUCCGGAACUUUGGGAAGGUGGUCCUGAGCGAGUGUAAACGCUGUCACCACUGCUUUUAAUCGAGAUGGUAAAGCGUCA